AUGUGGACGAUCGCUAAGCGCUCCACGAUGAUGGCCAGGGCCAAGGCUUGUCGCAAGUUCUCCAACACGGCUGCUGCUGUUGCUGAGACUGGCAAGGAUCGUCUUGUGCUCUUUGACACGACGCUCCGUGACGGUGAGCAAUCACCCGGUGCGACGUUAAAUUUAAAGGAGAAACUGGAUAUUGCACGCAGUCUCAGUAUCUUGGGCGUCGAUGUGUGCGAGGCGGGUUUCCCCGUCUCAUCGCCUGGUGACUUUGACGCUGUCUCGGCCAUUGCAAAGGAGAUUGGUCCGCUCACGGCAAACCGUGUCACAGGCGAGCCCAUGGUUGUUUGCGGCCUUGCACGCGCUAUGGAGAAGGACGUUCAAUGCUGUUAUGAUGCGGUUAAACACGCACCUAAGCACCGUAUUCACACGUUUCUAGCCACAUCUGAUAUCCACCUCAAGUACAAGUUAAAGAUCUCGCGUGAUGAGUGCAUCCGUCGUGCUGUCGAUGCCGUCAAAUUUGCCAAGAGCUUAACUUCCGAUGUUCAGUUCUCCACGGAGGACGCUGGACGCAGUGAUCCUGACUUUUUAUGUGAGGUCUUAGCGGAGGUCAUCAACGCCGGCGCUACGACCCUCAACAUUCCUGACACGGUGGGAUACACGGUUCCUCGAGAGUACGGGUCUCUUUUUCGCUACCUAAUCGACAACACAAAGGGAAGUGAUAAGGCCGUUUUUUCUACGCAUUGUCACAAUGAUUUGGGUUUGGCGACGGCCAACACGCUGUUUGGUGUGCAGGGUGGAGCACGUCAGGCCGAAGUCACGAUUAAUGGUAUUGGCGAGCGUGCUGGUAAUACAGCCCUGGAGGAGAUCGUGAUGGCGCUAAAGACGCGCCCGCAGCAUUUUCCGGUGUACACGAGCGUAGACUCGACCCAAAUAACGCGUUGCAGUCGCAUGGUGAGCCACUACACUGGCAUGUCUAUUCAGCCGAACAAGGCUAUUGUAGGAGCUAAUGCAUUCGCUCAUGAGUCCGGUAUCCAUCAGGAUGGUGUGCUGAAGCAUCAGGCCACCUAUGAGAUCAUGCUUCCGGAGUCUAUUGGUUUGAGUGAGAAUAAGAUGGUACUUGGAAAGCACUCUGGCCGCCAUGCGUACAGCAAACGUCUCCAGCAGCUCGGCUACACUGAUUUUACACCAGAGGAGCUUGACUACUAUGUCGAGAAGUUUAAGAUUCUGGCUGACGAGAAGAAGACGGUUACGGACGCUGACAUGGAGGCGAUUGUCUCGGAUGAGCUGUUCAAGCCAGAGGCGUUUUGGACGCUGCAGUCGGUUCACGUUACUGCUGGUAACCUGGUCAAGCCCACGGCUACUGUUACGCUUGCGUACAAGGACGGCCAGGAAGUCAGUGAGGCUGCUAUGGGUACCGGUCCGAUCGACGCCAUUUAUGUUGCCAUCAAGCGUGCAACGGGCAUGAAGAAUAUCAAGCUGAACGACUUUACCGUGGAGAGUGUGACGGAUGGUACGUUUGCUUUGGGCGAGGUGACUGUCCGGGUGCAAGAGGAGAAGAAUGAGGCAGAAAAGACGAAGGACGAAAAGCGCGUGAACGCGCAGACGGGUGUCGCGCGUGAUUGUCAUUUUGUUGGCCACGGUGCUAACACGGAUAUUCUGGUGGCAUCGGCAACCGCCUAUGUCAAUGCAGUCAACCGCAUGAUGGCGUCGCAGGCACGUGCUGCUGCCGAGACUUUAGUAGACGUCUAA